UGUUACCAAUCUCGAAACUAGAAAGUACCGUUAUCUCUCUGAACGUGUUCGUGCAUUCCAAGCCAAGGUUGCAACUUACUAGCUAGCUAUGUCUUCUUCAUACGGUGGAUACCAUUCUCAAUCCUAUGCUCCAUCUGCGCCAGAACAACCUCCAUAUUCCAAUUAUAAUCACACUUCUUCUUCUACAUCAAAUUCAUCGUCAUCCAGUUUUCCAGCAGGGACGCCCCAGGACGUGAUUCGGAGCUUUCAGAUGGUGGAUAGGGACCGAAGCGGCUUCAUCGAUGAGCGUGAGUUGCACCAAGCUCUCUCUUCUGGAUUCCACCACUUCAACUUUAGGACCAUUCGUCUUCUCUUUUUCCUCUUCAAGAAUCCACACCAACCCCUCACAAUUGGACCAAAGGAAUUUGCAGCACUCUGGAGUUGCCUUGGUCAUUGGCGAGGAAUAUUUGAGAGGUACGAUAAAGACAGGAGUGGGAAAAUUGAUCCAUUAGAACUCAGAGAUGCUCUGUAUGGUAUUGGCUAUGCUGUACCAGGCUCGGUUCUACAACUACUGCUUUCAAAGUAUGGUGAUGGAAGUGGUAGGAGGGUUGAACUUGGUUUUGACAGUUUUGUCGAGUGUGGGAUGAUUAUUAAGGGUCUGACUGAUAAAUUCAAGGAGAAGGAUACACGGUAUACGGGUUCAGCUACACUUUCAUACGACGCCUUUAUGACUAUGGUCCUUCCUUUCCUUGUAUCUUAUGAUUGAUAAGCGAUGCUCGUCGUCAAGAUUUCCAAGUUCUUUGGUGCCACAUUCAAUUGAUUAUUUUUUGACUUUGAUUGCGAAGAAAUUUUUAAGGUGCAACGAUUUGUUAUAUUCAUUUAUGUUCCAGUAAUGCUAGACUCACUUUCAUACAGAGUACUUCACAUUCAUCUCAUUCAUUUACAUUUUUUUUACCAACAAGUUACCUAUAUAUAGCUUAGGGGUUUGUGGCAAGAAAAGUGAUUAAACAUAAGUAGGUGAGUGUUGAAAGUGUGUAUAUAGAAGAAUGUAUGUAUUUAAACAUUUUUUUCUUUACAUAUAGUUGUAAACAUUUGUAAAAAUAUUUAUUGAUAUGAAUACACUCAAUUAUUUUUAACAUU